GGCCGAUUUUCAAUAAACAAAUUUUAAUUGUGGUGGAUGCGUACAGUAAAUGGACAGAAGCGUUUGUUAUGACAAACAUCUCAACUCAAGCAACCAUUAAUGUUUUGCGAAGUUUGUUUGCGAGGGUUGGGUUUCCCAAAACCAUUGUGUCGGAUAAUGGCAGAGCUUUUACAUCGGAAGAAUUUGAAAAUUUUUUGCGAGUUAAUGGUAUCCGAUUUAAAAGAUCAGCUCCAUGUCACCCCGCUACGAAUGGUCAAGCGGAGAAUUCUGUUAAAACGGUCAAGAGGGCGUUAUACAAAUGUUUAAAAGAUGACAAUCUUGCAAAUUUUAAUUUAGCGUUAAACAAAUUCCUUUUGGAUUAUAGAAAUACGGUUCAUUGUAUGACUGGUCAAUCACCAGCAAUGUUAAUGUUAGGUAGGAAUCUAAGAUGUAGACUAGAUUUGUUACGACCCGACACCAGGGCCGUAGAUGUUGGUAAGGCAGGCUUGCAGCAAACGUGGCGUAAAAAGCAAGAUCAGGCAGUUAAACAUUAUAAAGGCAAGCGAUUCCAACAAUUUCAUGUAAAUGAUACUGUCCUAGCACGUGAUUAUCGCCACGCCAAGCCAGCUUGGUGUGCAGGCAGCAUUGUCAAGGUGUUAGGGCCGCGCACCUAUUUAGUAGAAAUAACGGAAGGUUAUGUGUGGAAACGACAUAUAAAUCAGCUGUUAGUCAAUAGGGCAUUACGGAAUGUACAAGAUAAGAACUAUGUAGAGGAUAGGAAAAUUCUGUUAGAUUGUAAGAUAGAUCAGGACGUGCAGGAUAAUCAAACAGAGUUGUCAAAAGAAAGCUCUUUAGUCACAAAGCUGAGACGGCGUAGUCAAUUGAAACCGCCAGACCGUGUGGCGCACGCAGUGCAGAGCAUGCGCCAGAGUAGGAGAGGAAUGAUGGCCGUCGAAUAG